AUGCAGGGAGAAAACCGUUUCAACGUUCUAUCCGGUGGAACAGAUGACCCAAAUAUUGAUCGUCAUCUAGCGCUUCAGAUAACUCGUGUAUCAGAGCUUUCGACUGCCGACAUCUUUGAUCUCAAAACGAGAAUAGAAAAUAAGCUUGAUGACUUGUUUAAGCGCUUGGAAACACAGGGAGCAGAUCUAGAAUCUAACUUGGUCACACCAGAGGGCUUUCCCCGGUCAGACAUUGAUGUCCUCCAAGUACGACUACUGAGACGUAGCAUCAACAUGCUUAGAAAUGAUCUUCGUGUCGUUAUAAACCGAGCACAAGAACUGAUGGCGUCACACUUUCAGAAGCUCGAUGCCAAGACACAACGAGUGGAAAAUGAUAGCGCUUUUGAAUUUCGCAUCCCAUUUGCGUUAGUCACGGAGGUAAUUUCUGGCAGUCCCUCGGAAAAAGCGGGUUUACUCCAUCACGACAAACUUGUACGUUUCGGCAACAUCCAUGCGGGAAAUAAUCAAAUGCUAUCUGCUUUGGGCCUUGUUGCGAAAAAUAACGAAGACAAGGCGCUUGCUGUUCGAGUGCUUCGAGGCGACUCGCUUCUCGAUUUGACAUUGACACCUUCUAUAAAGUGGGCAGGAAAUGGACUUUUAGGCUGUAGACUGGUGCACAUCUAA